GGACGCUAAUUGCCUCAUCUGGUGGGGUUCCAGACCGCUCCUCGGAAGGCAGGCGCGCACACUCCCGGCACCCAUUGGCUCAUUCAAUUCUCUUCCCCCGGCGUUAGCCUCGGUCGGAAUAUUCAUGAGCCGGGGGCCGAGGACCCGCGGCGCGGGCGGGAGGCUGUCACUCGGGCCGGGGACGGCGCGAGGGAGGGGCCGGUGACCGCCGCGGGGCGCCUGUUCUCGGGGCCGCCGUGGGGGGCGCGGGCCGGGCAUCCGCGGGGCUGGCGCGCCUGCCACUGCCGCCCAACUCCCGGCCACCGCGCGGACACUUCGCCAAAGACCCGAAGGCGGCCGAGCGGGGACACUUGAGACCCCGGGGGUCGGGGGGUGGGGGGCGGGAGCGGCGCGGCGACCUGGGGCGCCGGCAGGAGCCCGGACUCCCGGCGGGGGAGGCAGCGAUGUGAGCCGGACGCGCGCGUCCCGGAGCAGCGUGGACCCGGCGGUGCCAGGAAGUGAACUUCAAGAGAUCGACUUGACUCAGAAUCCCCUUGGGGCCACCUAAGGACCCGAUUCCCCGAGUUUGUUUUGUUUUGUUUUCAUUUGGAGAAGACGCCCAGUGCCAGCAGCUAGAUCGCCCCGUCCGUUCCUUUCUGAAAACCUGGCAUCCCACGUGGAUUUCUGGUAGAAUGAGCAAUGCAAAGAGCUGGCUGACACUUGGCAUGUCCUUGUGUUUCUGGGGCUUGAUGGAUCUUACCACGGCCGUUCUCUCCGGCACCCCGACCCCGCUCGGCAGCUUGGAAGCGCUCCUGUCAGACAAGCCCCUGGCACACUCGAGAACCAAGAGGAGCUGGGUUUGGAACCAGUUUUUCGUUCUGGAAGAGUACACGGGAACCGACCCUUUGUAUGUCGGCAAGCUCCAUUCAGACAUGGACAGAGGGGAUGGGUCCAUCAAAUACAUCCUCUCCGGAGAAGGCGCAGGCAUCGUGUUUACCAUCGACGACACCACAGGAGACAUCCAUGCCAUUCAGAGACUCGACAGGGAGGAGAGGGCCCAGUACACACUAAGGGCUCAAGCCCUGGACAGGCGGACAGGCCGGCCAAUGGAGCCCGAGUCAGAGUUCAUCAUCAAAAUCCAAGAUAUCAAUGACAACGAGCCCAAGUUCCUGGAUGGACCUUAUGUCGCCACCGUUCCGGAAAUGUCACCAGUGGGGACCUCUGUCAUCCAGGUGACAGCCACCGAUGCCGACGACCCAACCUACGGAAACAGUGCCCGGGUCGUGUACAGCAUUCUCCAGGGCCAGCCCUAUUUUUCCGUGGACUCCAAAACAGGCAUUAUUAGGACAGCCCUCACGAACAUGGACCGAGAAGCCAAAGAAUACUACGAAGUCGUCGUCCAAGCCAAGGACAUGGGCGGGCAGCUCGGAGGGCUAGCAGGGACCACCACCGUGAACAUCACCCUGUCGGACGUCAACGACAACCCGCCCCGCUUUCCCCAGAAGCAUUAUCAAAUGAGUGUGUUGGAAUCAGCUCCAGUGAGCUCCACUGUGGGGAGAGUAUUUGCCAAGGACUUGGACGAAGGCAUCAAUGCCGAGAUGAAGUACACUAUUGUGGAUGGAGAUGGUGCAGACGCCUUUGACAUUAACACAGAUCCCAACUUCCAAGUUGGCAUCAUCACUGUCAAGAAGCCCCUGAGUUUUGAAAGCAAGAAAAGCUACACCUUAAAAGUGGAGGGAGCCAACCCUCACCUCGAGAUGCGUUUUCUGAAUCUGGGCCCGUUUCAGGACACGACCACGGUGCACAUCAGUGUGGAGGAUGUGGAUGAACCCCCAGUAUUUGAACCGGGCUUUUAUUUUGUGGAGGUUCCUGAGGAUGUGCCCAUCGGAACGACCAUUCAGGUCAUUUCUGCCAAGGACCCUGAUGUGACCAACAACUCAAUCAGAUACUCCAUUGACCGAAGCAGUGACCCUGGAAGAUUCUUCUAUGUUGAUAUUACAACAGGUGCCCUAAUGACUGCAAGACCCCUUGACAGGGAAGAGUUUUCUUGGCAUAAUAUUACAGUCCUUGCUAUGGAAAUGAACAACCCUUCCCAGGUCGGAAGUGUUUCUGUCACAAUCAAAGUCUUAGAUGUGAAUGACAAUGCUCCAGAGUUCCCCCGAUUCUAUGAAGCUUUUGUCUGUGAGAAUGCCAAAGCAGGGCAGCUGAUCCAGACAGUGAGUGCAGUGGACCAAGAUGACCCUCGUAAUGGUCAGCACUUCCACUACAGCUUGGCUCCUGAGGCUGCUAGCAACCCCAACUUCACAGUAAGGGACAACCAAGAUAACACCGCCCGGAUUCUCACCAGAAGGUCUGGCUUCCGGCAGCAGGAGCAGAGUGCCUUUUACCUGCCCAUCCAGAUAUCAGACAACGGGCAGCCAGCCCUCAGCAGCACAGGCACGCUGACCAUCCAGGUGUGCAGCUGUGAUGACGACGGCCACGUCCUGUCCUGCAGCCCUGAGGCCUACAUGCUCCCAGUCAGUUUGAGCCGGGGUGCCCUCAUUGCCAUCCUGGCCUGCAUCUUUGUCCUCUUAGUGCUGGUGCUGCUGAUCCUGUCCAUGCGGCGGCACCGGAAGCAGCCGUACAUCAUCGACGACGAGGAGAACAUCCACGAGAACAUCGUGCGCUACGACGACGAGGGCGGCGGCGAGGAGGACACGGAGGCCUUCGACAUCGCGGCCAUGUGGAACCCGCGGGAGGCGCAGGCGGGCGGCGCCCCCAAGGCCCGGCAGGACAUGCUGCCGGAGAUCGAGAGCCUGUCGCGCCACGUGCCCCAGACGUGCGCCGUGAGCAGCACCGUGCACAGCUACGUGCUGGCCAAGCUCUACGAGGCCGACGCCGACCUGUGGGCGCCGCCCUUCGACUCGCUGCAGACCUACAUGUUCGAGGGCGACGGCUCGCUGGCCGGCUCGCUGAGCUCGCUGCAGUCGGCCACGUCGGACUCGGAGCAGAGCUUCGACUUCCUCACGGACUGGGGGCCCCGCUUCCGGAAGCUGGCGGAGCUCUACGGGGCGGCCGAGGGGCCGGCGCCGCUGUGGUGACGGGCGCCGGGAGGCGCAUGCGCGCGUGCACGCGCACACCCCGUCUGUCCUGCGCGCCGCACCGCCGGUCUCGGCCCAGCUCUCGCGAGAUCAGCUUUACCCAGUAGCGGACGCAGAAGGAAGCGCGGGAAGCAAGCGGGUGCGCGCGGCGCCGAGGACCUCUGCUUUCGUUUUUUUUCGGUGGUGGGGGUCGUCGUCUUUCUCUGUGACCCCACGCGAAGGUCUGCGGUUCCAGGUCACGGGUGUGGGGCCGGGGCUUUUCUUGGCCGUGGCCCGGGCCCGUAGCGCGUGAUGCCCUUGCGGAGAGGCGGUGCGGAGGCGACCACGGGAAGCAGAAAAUUCGACCUUUUCGGGGGGGAGGGGGGUGGCUUUUAAUCUUCUAAAUUUUUUUUUUAAUAUUUUCUUUUCAUCUCUUGAGUUGUUUUUUUUAAUCAACAUUUUAUUCCCCAUGGAAGAGUGUUACUGGCUCGUCAAACUGCACAAACCAAGCCACGCAGAAGAACGCGGGGGAAGAACUUGUUCCUCGGUGGGAUAUAAAUAACCUCCUUGUUCUGGAGUGGAUGGUUUUGGUAUGGUUUGGUUUGGUUUUUGAACCCUUUUUAAGACCAGGAUAAGGCCACGGCGGCCUUGCAUGGGGGAGGGGUGGGGGGGUGGGCGAAGGAGAAGAGGCGAUGACGUGGACCUCAGGUUGCUGGGCUGAGCCAAGCGUUGUUGGUAUUUCGGUGACCCCCAAAUCCAUCCACUUAGAGUGCUCUCAGCUCUUUAAUGAUACCCCUUGCGAAAUUGUUCGAAGGAAAAACAGAAAAUCUGCCUCUUUUGCACUGUAGAUGUCUCUUCCAUGUGCCAAAUGUGAAGAGUAGAUGCUACAAACGGAAGCCAAAUAAAAAGCAGCAGAUGGGGGAAAGAAAAAAAAAGCUUGGGUUAGAGGGCUUUCCUUAAUCCUGUGUGAGGUCAAUCCAAGGGAUGUUUACAUACUGUAGAUAACCUACUUGAAAAUCAGUAUUAUAGAGAAUAAAUGGAUGUAAGAAAAUUACAUGUAUAAGUUUUGUAUAUUUGUUAAUAAUUUUGGUAAUAAAUAUGAUGUACUGCAUCUCAGUACCUUAGCAUUUCUUUUAAUAAAAGUUGAAUAGAAGGGAA